CCUCAACCCGUGACGAAAGGUUAACCCAGAAUAACUUCCGGAUGGAUAAGCGUUCGCUUCCGGGUUACCCACUUCCUGAUGAGCGGCUUCUAAUUCGUGAUGCAUCCGAACUUGUCACCUCACCUUCAUACUGAAGAGUGUAAUAUUUUCAUCCGUCAACUUCAAAAAUGCCACGAGGAGCAUCCCUUCUUGAAAUUUUUUGGCCAUUGCAAUGAUUUUGACAGAGAAAUGAGGAAAUGCCUAAGGAAAGAGUAUGAAGCCAACCGAGCCAAGAGCCACCAACAUGCAAAGGAGAUGCACCGGAGGUUGCGGGAGGCUUGAGCAGAGGGUUAGAACUGGUGAAGUGGCUAUUCAGACACUAUGAGGUCAAUGGAAAAAGUACCUUUUCUACUGUCUCCUGGACACUGAAAACGUAUUUAACCUGCGGUAAUAAAAAUGCCUUGCAACUGGUA